AUGGUAGGGACAAGGAAUUCUCCGCGGCCAACCCAUCAGCCAAAUUCAUAUUUACAAUCUCUUAAUCAUGUGCUCGAUCCAAUUUCUCUCAUUCUUUCUCUAAAUUCAAGCCCCAAUAACCCAAUUCCUCUGAGGCUUACAACAGACACUUAUAUAUUGGAAAGAGGUCCCAGAUACAGAGCAUAUGCAGAGUUAAGAGAAACAAGGCUGAGAAUGAAACGUGGGAAGCAAAAAGAAAGUGAAGAAAUCGAAUUCCAAAAUACCCAGAAAAAGAAACUAGUGAAAUCUAGUUCAAGUCUGGCGAUUUCUAGGAAAAGUCCCUCUGUUUUGGCUCCACCGGUGCCCCAUUUUUCAGCAACUUUGAGGAAAGAGAAUCGGAAGCAGCCGGUCACCGGCGCUACUGAAUUGACACCGCCGGGAAAUAAAUCGUCAAAAGAGAAGAAAGGAAGGUUGAUGAUGAUAACAAGGAAGAGUUGUGCAAGUAUUGAAGAAUUGAAACGGAUUUCAUUCGGUGCUAUUAAUGGUGAAAACAGAGGGAAGAUUAGUGGUAACAGGUAG